AUGUCUUUCUCAACCCUCACCCGCUCCCGGAGAGUGCAACAACCGAACACGAAGCGCCACUUCUUAUCAGAUUGGGAUGCCGCCGAAUUCGAAGAGCUCAAAUACUCAUAUGGCCUCGAGGGCGUCGACCAACGGGGGAACUACAUGUGGGUCGACAUGUUCCUGUACAUGCUCGUGGCCAUGUGCGGCCUCCUCCUAAUUCUGCGCAUAUCAAACAUGUGGUGGAAACACAGCCGGCAUCUCAGCGCAAUGGGAAACCCGAAACAAAAGUACUGGGAAACAAAUCGAACCACCUGGUGGCCGUGGUUGAACAGACAUGUUUUGGUCGCCCCUUUCUGGAAAAAGAAGCACAACGCCCAGUUUCAAAUAAGCAGCGCAAUCGACAACGGAACACUGCCAGGAAGAUGGCACACCAUCCUUUUGGUCGUCUACGUCGGCCUCAACGUUGCUUGGUGCGCCGCGCUACCCUACGAUGUCCUUGACCACAAGGAAACGCUCGCUGCCCUUCGUGGACGCUCUGGAACACUCGCCGCCCUAAACCUCAUCCCGACCAUUCUCUUCGCCCUCCGCAACAACCCUUUCAUCACUCUUCUCCAGGUCUCGUACGAUGACUUCAACCUGUUCCAUCGCUGGGCUGCGCGCAUUACCAUCGUCGAGGCCAUUGUUCACACUGCCGCCUGGUUGUACAACACCGCCCACGCAGCCGGCUGGGACGCUGUCAUUGAUGGCCUGCACCACGAAGGCUCCUACGGGUGGGGUAUGGUGGGAACUGCGGCUUUCGCCUUUAUUGGCAUCCAGGCCUGGUCACCCUUCCGCCAUGCUUUCUACGAGACUUUCCUCAACAUCCACCGCGUUUGCGUCAUAGUAGGUCUCGUCGGCCUGUACAAGCACUUGGCCCUGCACAACCUUCCCCAAGUCCCAUGGCUCCACUUGGUCAUCUUUUUCUGGGGUGCAGAGUGGGUCUGCCGAUGGAUCUCCAUUCUCUACUACGGAUUCAGCCUCAAGCAGCGAUCAUCCAUCACCGUUGAAGCCAUGCCUGGAGAGGCUGUCCGUCUCACCGUCAACAUGGUCCGCGAAUGGACUCCUCGCCCAGGUUGCCACGUACACAUGUGGAUGCCGGCCUUGUCUCUCUGGUCUUCGCAUCCUUUCUCCAUCGCCUGGGCUGCCACCCUAACAGCAGAUUCCAAGGAAAUGACGCUUCCCACGCUCGAAGGUGACGUCCUCGCGCUGCACGGCCUACCCCAGAAGUCCAAGCAAAUCAGCUUCGUGUGCCGUGCCCGUACAGGUCUUACCCGGCACAUGUACGAGAAGGCAUGCAAGAGCCCUAAUGAGCAAUUCACCACCUGGGGUUUCAUCGAGGGACCAUACGGUGGCCACCACAGCCUUGACUCUUACGGUACCACUGUGCUCUUCGCGGGUGGUGUAGGCAUCACACAUCAAGUCAUGUACCUCAAGCACCUCGUCAAUGGCUACAACAACGGUACCACUGCCACACAGAGAGUAGUCCUAAUCUGGACUGUUCCUACCUCAGAUUGCCUUGAAUGGGUACGACCUUGGAUGGACGAAGUCCUCCGCAUGAAGGGCCGCAAGCAAUGUCUCCGCAUCAAGCUCUUCAUCUCAAGACCCAAGGGUCGCGUCGAGAGCAGUAGCGAGACAGUCAAGAUGUACAGCGGUAGGCCAAACAUGGCAGCCCUGAUCGAAGAGGAGGUUCAGCACCGGGUCGGCGCCAUGGCAGUCACUGUGUGCGCAUCAGGUGGCAUGGCCGAUGGGGUCCGGCACGCCGUCAGGCCUUUCCUGACCGAGGGUGCAGUGGACUUUAUUGAAGAGGCCUUCACGUAUUGAUUGUUCUUCCUCGUUACGAUACUGUUGCACCUACCCAUUGGCGGGUCAUCACCGAUCUCCACCACGCCGGGCAAGCCACGGCACCCGACGCAGCAAUGCCACAAAGUCUCGACACACAUUCGAGCAUCAUGUCUAUAUUAAACAUACAUAACUUUCUUACCAAUAUCUCUGGUUCAAUUCCUGUACAUACAGCCUUCGUAAUCAUUCAUCGUUAUCCGCACCCUCAUGUCUCUCUUUUUCGUCAUGAAGCAUCUUGUUUAGCGCUUUCAGUUUGUGUAUACAAUCAGCAUAGUGUGUCAUCUGUAACAUUAGAGUAUUCAACAAAAGUUCAUCCUCCUUCAC